CUGACCGAAAAUAUCAUCAGCUUCUCCCCCAGAGACGAGUCCUUCCGCUUCUGGUACACCCUCUGGGACCUCUUCCCCGCGACGUACACGUGCCCGUGGGACCUCCAGCGGGUGGGCAAGCUCGGCGACGGGGGCAAGUGGAUCUGCGGGAUGAGCAAGUACGAGAACCCUCGCCCCCCCGCACGUCCGCCGCUCCGCGUGUACAGCUUCGGCGUCGGCGGCGACUCCUCCUUCGAGGACGACUUCCUCAACCGCUCCUCGGCCGCGGAGGUCUGGGGCUUCGACGACACCGUCGACGGCUGGGGACAGGGUCUCGGCGCGCGGUAUCCCGACAGGACGCACUUCUUCAAGACGGCCGUGGCGGGGUAUGAUUUUUACGACGAGGGGGAUCGGACGGAGUUUUUGAGUGUGAAAAGUAUUAUGAAGAAGUUGGGGCAUGAUUACGUGGAUCUCGUCAAGAUGGAUAUCGAGGGCGACGAGUUUCCUGCGUUGGAGGCGUUUCUGGAGGAGUUUAGAGAGGCGGGGAGGGAGGUGCCGGUUGGGCAGCUGGUUGUCGAGAUCCAUGUGCCUGAGAAGGGGCCGCGGAUCAGUCAGUUCGCGGAGUGGUGGGGGAGGAUUGAGGGGAUUGGGAUGAGGCCUGUGAGUGCUUACGACGCCUCUGCGGGCCGUCGUGCGGAACUGGAUGUGGAAGUCGACGGCACUGCUCGCUUCGCCGGCUUGAAUGUAGAUGUCAUCAAGGCCAAAACCGACUCCUACCACACAGACUUCGCUGGCACGCUUCUGGAGGCUCAGGAUAUUUCUGGUUUCAACAGAAGCCCUCACCAUACGUACCAGCCGACCGGCGAGUCUGUGCAUGAUGCUUUCGCAAUAACGAUGACGGGUGGACUACAAGCGGGAGGCGAGAAGCGCGAACAUGUCGAUGAGAACCUUCUUACAUGGAUGAAAUGGAUUCUUGACUGUAGGGUCAAUCACUGGCACAUUCCCGGGGGAUCGACACAAGACAAGCUGGACAUAAACAGUGCACACCUUUUCUUCAGGGCGGCCGUAUUUGGUAGAAGCUUCAUCGUCACGGAGAAGGGGUACUUUGGGUUUGCCCCAAGCACAUUCUAUUUCGACAGGGACGACUACGUCCGUCUUUUGUCCCUGUCGCCCGGAGAAUUCGACGAACCAAUCGUGUGCGAUCUCAAAAUUGCCUCAAUUGCGCACUUACCACAACACUUCGAAGCUUUGUCGUACUGUUGGGGUGACCAACGAGACCGGAAACCGAUCAUCCUUCGAGGAACCGAAUACCUUGCCACCGCAAGUCUCAUUACCGCACUACGACAUCUACGAUAUGCCGACCGUCCGCGCACCCUAUGGGUUGAUGCGCUUUGUAUCAACCAGGAAGAUACAGCAGAGCUCAGUCACCAAAUCCUACACAUGAGGAACAUUUAUAGCCAGGCGACCCGGGUGUUGGCUUGGGUUGGAACCGAGGAAUGGAAUCCAAAGGCCGCAUUCGACGCUAUCCGGCGGCGCGCAGAGAAGGCAGCUGUCCUCGACGAGGCAUCGCUGGCAGCACUUUAUCACUUCCUGUCGAGCCCGUAUUGGGAGCGACUUUGGGUCGUCCAGGAGCUGGCACUCGCACGAGACAUUGCCAUUGUCUGUGGCCGAGAGAUCUUACCGUGGAAAGCCAUCGACCAGUUGAUGGCCCCAGAUGCGGCUGGUCGCCGACUACCGGAUGGCCUGCCGUACCACAUGCGGAAAGGACUGUGGAAGGUCCGGCACUUGUGGCACACCCGAACCGUACUUCACUCGCCAGAUCGAAGCCUCAACUUUCUUCAAGUUCUUAACAAGUUCAACCCCUGUUUGUGUUACUUGGCGAAAGACAAGGUCUACGCCACUCUGGGCAUGUCUUCUGAUGUGGUGAGACGGAUCGUCCGGCCGGAUUAUACGGACAGCACCACUACCGAGGACGUAUUUCGUCAGGCGACUAUUGCAUGCAUCUCCGAGCAGAAGAACCUAGACGUUCUCGCCCUCACUAGGCGUUGGACGGAGUAUGGCGAAUUCCAGGUAUCCGGUGAUGAACCCAAACCUCCAGUUUCCAGGGUUUCUUGGGCAGGAGAGUGGUCUACGGUGCGCAUCAUACGGCCUUUGAUCGAGCCGGAUGACACAGUCAAGGCAUACGCAGCUGCUCCUUGCGAUGGGUUCGACGUAGAGGAAGCUACACGACAUGCCAACCGUGGCUUGCUGAAGCUUAAAGGAGUUUUGCUGGAUAUGUUGAAUCAUGUUGAGGAGCUUCCAAAUCCAUACCUUGACGGCUGGGAGGAGCGUACCAUAGCUUGGGAGCCCAAGGGACUCGACACAUAUGAGUAUCCGACGGGAGAGAACGGAGUCGAUGCAUUUUGGCGAACGCUGCUAUUUGACAUGGCCUAUUCCACCUUCCACCCUGUUCACGAGCGUCUGACAAAGGAAGAAGCUCCACGGUACCGGCAGCUUUAUCUUGAGUGGACUGGCAGGUCUGAGAGCUCUACAAAUGAGAAUUCGUUCUCUAACUGUUUAAGAUGGGGUGUCAACUUCAGCAGCCUCCACGGGUGGACUUUUGCAGUGACAGAGACCGGUUACUUUGUGAGGACCCAGCCAGAAGCCGAACCUGGCGAUGUGGUUGCUUUUGUAUCUGGUAGCGCGGUCCCAUUGAUUCUGAGGGCAACACAGAAUUUGGAAGUUGGAUAUGCGCAUGGUUCAUCAGAUGUCGGUGGACAGAGGUUGUGGCGUUUGGUGGGCUCGGGGUACGUUCACGGGAUGAUGGAUGGCGAAGCCUUCGAUAAGAACCCUCCAGAUGUCGUCGAUAUCUUACUGGUCUGA